CUCUAUCCUUCCUCAUCUCUCUCUCUCUCUCUCUCACACAGCUUCUGUCAUAGCUUCUGUCAUGGCGGCCUCUCCCGACAACUCCAUAGCCCACAUUGCUUCCGACGAAGAUCAACUCUUUGAAUUUGUUGUCAGGACGGGGCACGGAGUGAAGGGAUUGGUCGAUGCCGGUAUAAGCCACAUCCCUAACCGAUACAUCCACCCGCCUGAAAAGCUCGCCGACUUCAAGAGGAUCUCAAGCACCAUAACCUUGCCUAUAAUCGAUCUCUCUGGUCUCAGUGAUGCCUCAAUCAAGAACUCAAUUGCCCAAGAAAUUUGUGAGGCGACAAAGAAAUUUGGUUUCUUUCAUGUGAUCAACUAUGGUGUGCCCCAAGACCUUGUCAAACGCUUAAUGGAUUCAACUUCUGAGUUCUUUGAAUUGCCACCUGAGAAAAAGGCUUGUUAUUUGAAAGGGGUCUCACCUUGCAAGAAUGUGUUCUUAGGCACAAGCUUUACUCCUGAAUCUGAGAAAUGUUUGGAAUGGAAAGAUUAUAUCAUAAUGUUUUUCUUUGGGGAGGACGAGGCCCGUGCAUUUUGGCCUCCAGAAUACAGGGAUGUGCUUCUAGAGUACCUAAAACUGCAACAGCCCCUUAUCUCUUUCAUAUUUGAAUCCCUCUUGAAGGGAAUUGGUGUGACCGUAGACGAUGAGCUCAUAAAAGCAUACAUAGAACCCAAGGCAGUGAACUUGAACUACUAUCCGGUCUGUCCGAACCCUGAACUCACGGUCGGGGUGGGUCCACAUUCAGACCUCGGUGUCAUUACACUUCUAGUGCAGGAUGACGUUGGAGGUCUCCAAGCCAAGAUAGAGGAUGAGUGGGUGGAGAUAGCCCCCAUGCCUGGUGCUCUCAUAGUGAACGUUGGUGCUACACUAGAGAUACUGAGCAAUGGAGAAUACAAGAGUGUGGAGCACAUGGCAAGAGCUAGCAACACCAAUCGCAUCUCGAUUCCUAUAUUCGUAGGCCCUCGGCCUCACACUAAGAUUGGACCAUUACCGGGACUCCUACAAAAAGAUGGGAAACCCAUUUACAAGGAUCUUCUCUUUGGGGAGUUAAUGGAACAUUUCUUUUCAACCCCUCAUAAGGGGAAGCAAACUCCUCUAGAUUUUGCCAGGUUUUAGGAGAUGGAUUUAGCUUAAAACAGGAAGAAUGCAGUCAAAUAAAAUGGAGAGGGAGCAAAUCUGUGGCAUGAGAAAUGGCAAACUAUUUUGUUGGAGAGUGAGGGCAUUUCAGUCAUUUCGCUCUUGAAGA